AUGAGUAAUUUUGACGUAGCUAAAUACUUGAUUAAAAUGAUUGAUAAAAACUUUGAUGAAAUUGUCUAUUUUUACGAUAGAAAUAAUAAGAUUAUGUUUGUUUUAAGAAAUGAAGAAAAUAUAUCGUUGUCAACGUGCCACGCAGAUAAGAAAAAAUUAUUUGUCUACUUAGAUGAAAUUCAUACUCGUGGAAGUGAUUUAAGACUACCAUUAACUGCACGUGGUAUUGUAACCCUUGGAAGGGGUAUGAACAAAGAUAAAUUAAUGCAAGCAACUACGCAAGAAAUUUCGGCAGAAAUUGCAAUGAUUAAUGGACUCAAACAAAAAGAUAUUACUAGUAAACACGUUCCAUGGAUUAUAUACAAUACAAUUAAAACAAAUGAAAAAGAUUUACAUCCAGUGAUGGAAGAGAAAUUGAAAUAUGUAAUUAAAAGUAGAUCGCUUGAAUAUCAAAAAGAUUCGAAAAUUCGAGAUAUUCCUAUUCAGUCUCUGAUUAUAACAUGUCAUUGA